GGAUGGAUGGUAUGACUAUAACAAAAUGAAAUAAUUGCCAUGAUUUCGAUAAUGAGAUGCGUCGUCCAUCGUAGAAUAUCUAUUUGUAUAUAUCUCUUUUUUGUUGUCAUUCAUGCGUUUAAAUUAUGAUGUCCAUUAUCAUGUUGAAGACUAUGUCGCUAUUUUAAGUGCUAAUGUAAAAAAACAAUGGCUAUUCUUAUACUCAUCAUCACAAUUAGACAAAACAUUUGCUUGUUUGUCGUAGCAUCAUCAUCAAUACAAAGAAACAUCAAUUCUUCUUCGAAAAAAUCAACUCUUAUGAUCAUUGCAUAGAAUCAUUGCAUUCAAGAUUAUCAACUAGAUAGAUCGAAUUAAAUAUAAUAAACAUUUAAUUUGUGACAAAUAAUGACAAUUAUUUCAUGACGAAAAUGUCUAUAUAUUGUUUCAUGUUUUUAUCUUUGACAUUCUUCAACAUUGGUUCAUCAUUUUUGAAUCCAUUGAAUAGAGAUUUUCUCUUUCUUCCUAAACUGUCCAACCAUGGUCGUUUACAAUUGGAAGCUAGCCGACCUGAAUUAGCACGUGCGGUUAUCUAUAAUCGUGAUAGACUGGAUCCGGCCAAUCAAAAUGUCUAUCAAGAUUCAGCUACAUUAAAAAUCAAAAAUCGUUCUGGAAAUUCUGAAGAUGAACUGAUCUUGAGUGAUGAUGAUUCUAAAAUCCCAAGUGAUUCAUCAAAUCAUUAUGUACCAGUAACGGUGAAAAAACAAGAAUCAAGAUCAAAUCCAAGUACAUCGCCCGAUGUCUCCGUGCAUAGUAAUAAUUUUCAGAAUGAAAAACGUCAUCCUAAAGAUCGUUUUGUCGAUGCCGAUGAAUUUUUGAAAUCAAAGCCAGAUGGCGAAGCCAAUUCGAAAAAUCGUCAAGAUGACCCUUUCAUUCAAUUCGAGAAAGAAUUCGAAAACAUUUUCAAACUUGAUGAUUUCAAAGAUUUUUUCAAUACUCGUAUUUUAAUUUGA